AUGAGUAGUAAUGAGCCAAAUGUUGAGUCUACGCAAGCAGAUAUUGAUGAAUCUAAUGUGUCUUCGGGUAAACCGAAAUUUCGAAUCUGUUGUAUUGGUGCUGGCUAUGUAGGAGGUCCAACUUGUGCAAUUAUUGCCAGCAAAUGUCCAAAUGUUCAGGUAACUGUUGUUGAUGUUAGUGCUGAACGGAUAUCAGCGUGGAAUUCAGAUGCUUUGCCAAUCUUUGAGCCAGGACUGGACGAAAUUGUCCGCAAAAUUCGCAAUCGAAAUUUAUUCUUUUCGACUGAUACAGAAAAAGCAAUCCAAGAAGCUGAUCUGAUUUUCAUUAGUGUCAACACGCCGACUAAAUCCUUUGGAUUUGGUACUGGUCGUGCUGCUGAUCUGCGUUUUGUCGAAGAAGCUGCUCGUCAGAUCGCUCACAUUUCGACGAGUAACAAGAUCGUUGUCGAGAAAUCAACAGUGCCUGUGAAAGCAUGCGAAUCGAUCAAGACAAUUUUAAAAACGAACAAGCAACGUGGUGUCAGUUAUCAAGUUCUUUCCAAUCCGGAAUUUCUUGCCGAAGGUUCAGCUAUUCAUGACCUUCUUGCUCCUGAUCGUGUCUUGAUCGGUGGAGAUGAAACAAUUGAAGGUUCAUUAGCGAUUAAAAAGUUGUCUUGGAUCUAUGAACAUUGGGUUCCAAAAGAAAAAAUCCUUACCACAAACACAUGGUCAUCCGAAUUGUCGAAAUUAGUAGCAAAUGCAUUUCUUGCUCAACGCAUUUCAAGUAUCAAUACAAUCUCUGCUAUCUGUGAGUCUACAGGUGCAUCUGUAAGCGAAGUAGCUAAAGCUGUUGGACUCGAUUCACGUAUCGGACCGAAAUUUCUCAAUGCUAGUAUCGGGUUCGGCGGUAGUUGUUUUCAAAAGGAUGUUUACAAUCUAAUCUAUUUGGCUGAAUCUCUCAAACUUGAACCUGUUGCACAGUAUUGGCUGCAGGUGAUAAAAAUCAAUGAUUGGCAACGUGAACGUUUCGCUCAGAUGAUCGUUCAAAACCUCUUCGGAAGUGUCAGUGGAAAAAAAAUCGCUAUCUAUGGCUUUGCUUUCAAAAAAGAUACAGCGGAUACUCGAGAAUCAUCGAGUAUCUACGUUUGUCGAUAUUUGAUUGCUGAAGGUGCAUCUUUACAUAUCUAUGAUCCGAAGGUGACAUCGGACAGGAUUCAUUUGGACUUAUCCGAACAAACAGGUUUAAGUGAACGAGAGUUACGAAAUCAUGUGAAAAUUGCCAACGAACCAUACGAAGCAGCUAAAGAUUCCCAUGCCAUAGUUAUCUGUACUGAAUGGGACGAAUUUACAAAACUAGAUUACGAAUUAAUCUACAGUACAAUGCAAAAACCUUCAUUUUUAUUCGACGGUCGACUUAUACUUGAUCAUGAUCACCUGGUGAGCAUGGGAUUCAAUGUGUUUUGUGUUGGGAAAAAACCUCCGAAGAAUCAAUUUCUCAAUCAAAGUCCUCUUUAA